AUGGGACACAGUCAAUCCUAUGACCUUCGGAAUCCAGAAACCGGCGAGAAAAACACAGUUCGAGGAGUCAGAAGAGUCAGCAAAGAGCAUCAAACUGAUGGAUUGCCACCCACAGAUAGCUCGGAUCCUUAUGAUCAUCGAGAGGAGGAGCUGCGAGAGAGAAUCCGUCGUGAGCAGCUACGAAAAAGAGAGGAGGAGCUAGAAACGUUGAGAAUCAAGAAGCACGAAGGUCGAGAGCCUAUCAUUGACGCCUAUCGCCAGGACCACACGCCUCCACCAGUCAUCUACGACGAGUUCAAUCACUACGAUUCGCUGAAACAUCCAAGUCCCGUGGACCGAGAUUCCUAUUCCAAACUGCAUCGAAGAGCUGAAAUCAACGAAGGACGUCGGGUCUCCAUCCCGACCGCCGUCACUCGAUACGACCAGGUUCCUGCUGAUCCUUCCCCGGAACUUCCUCGUCGUCAGGAAGUCCCUGUGUCCAACUACCGAGAGAUCCCAGUCGAAACUCCAGACUAUCCAAACCGGACUUCAGUCUUCAACGGAAGACUUUCGCCACUGCCACGUCAACAAGAAGUAGAUCCACACCCAAUGUCACGCUACAUUCCACCAAUGAGUCCAAGGUAUGAUGGAGAAACUCAGUAUACGAGAACCACCAAGAAAACCACCUACACCAUUUCCAAGGGAGUAAUUCCUAGAUAUGAAGAUCCCGUAGUUCUUAGAAAACAGACUAGAGUUAUGAGUCCUCACUAUUUUAGUACAUCCAAUCUUCAUAGAAAUGAUGAGCUCCCCAAACUAUCUGAAACACUUCCAGCAUCUCGUCCUAAAUCCACCUACUUCUAUGAUUCCAAUCAGUACGAUAGUCGUAGACCAUCUUCCACGUAUUCCAAGGGUUCCCAACUCCCAAAGUAUCACGAGAUCCCUACUAGGUACACAAAGAGCACAGAAAUCCGUAGAGAGAUAAUGACAAAUCCUAGUGGCUACCAUACAAUCUCCCGAUCUUCAAAGCUUCCAAAGUAUGAUGAGGUUCCUCAGAGCACAAUGUACUCAAGAGCGUCUUCUACCACUUCUAAAAAUUCUGAAACCGUCCCCAGAAGCCCUAGCUUGCGUUGUCUCCAUUGUCCGAUACAUUGUGAUGACGUCCCAGUUCAGAAAAGCCCUCGUUCAAUUACCCCAACUCCUAGUCGUGUUCGUUAUAUUCCUAUCCAAACCUCUCCUCCAGUUCCAAAGACCCCGAUCCAUCUUACCACUCGUCAACAAGAAGUUCCUAGGGUCCCAUUGAACCUGACCGUCCCGAAAUCUCGUGUCUCUCGUGUGAUUCCAGUUCAUGUAGUUUCUGAUGAUUCUCGUUCCGAAAGUCCAGCUAGUGUUAUGUACUCGUUUUCGUCUAAAAAGACUUCUUCGAUUUAUCAACCUCCAGUAAACCGAGAGAUAGCAAAACCGAGAGACGAAACUCCGAUCUACCGAACCAAUCCACCUCCACCAGUGGUCCGAGAGAUUCCUGUGGUGACUCCCAAACCAAGGACACAAGUGGUCAAUCAAGGAACCCAGCCUAUGGAUAAGAUCACAAUGAAAACGAUUCCCAGGAAGAACGUAUCCUCGAUUCAGCCCAGAAAACUAGAAAAGCUUUACUUUACCAGAGACAUCCCGAGAGUCCCACUGAGUCAGGUUAUCAGAUACCCUGUCUACAGUUAUCCUCCAUCGGAGAGCGAUGAAUCGGACUAUGUCAUCAUUCCAUUUUCGAAACAGCCUUCCCCUCCACGUAGAGAAUCUCCCGUUCAGGUUACCCUUCUCCAGGAUGAGGUUCCUAGAACUCCUCUAGCUAGAAGACCAAUUCAAAGUAAACCUCCUUCUCCAAAACUCUCUCCGCCUCGUAGUCCAGCUCCUAAACUCUAUCUAACUCCAAUCGUUCCAGAAGUUCCCCAUUCUCCUUUGUCUCGUUAUGUUCAUAGAUACAGUUACCCGCCGACGGCAGUCUCUCGUACUGUUGUUCCAGUUCCACCUCAUAAAUCAUCUUCUUCUAUAACUCCCACACCAUUGUAUCUAACCAGUAAGUAUCCAGAAGUUCCGAAAGCUCCAUUAUACGAUCAUGUGGCUCAACCCAUCCGUCGAACUCCGAUCUAUCGUACUCCUUCAAAUGAGAGAAAAACACCGCUGGAUCACUACAUUCGGAAACCAAUCCAGAAAGAAAAUCUGACUCGUUAUGAUGAAGACCUUCGGAAGACACCUCUUGAAAACUACAUUCGGAGCAAAUCUGCAAGCCCAAUUCCUUCUGAGGUGACCAUCGGAACGACUACAUCCUCACCAUCGAGAAUCCAUCAGACUAACUAUGAGAAGGAUCUUCGAAAAACUCCACUGGAGAACUAUGUGGAGAAGGAAGCCAGAACCUCUCCAGUUCUGUCUCCAAAAUUUCACUCAACUCAUAGUUCCCGUUCCAGUAGAUCCUCUUCUAUUAGUAUUCCUCCUGCUGUCACUCGUACUAUUACACCCGCCUACCGAUCCCCGAUCAGUCUACCCAAACUGCAUCUAACCCGCCGUCACUCUGACAUUCCAUCUUGUCCUCUAGACCGUUUUGUGAUUCGUAGUCCUUCCACCCCCAUCCUGGAUCAACAUUCUCCCUCGUCGGAGAACUCUUCCAGAAGAUCUUUGGAUCCUAUCUCUCCAAACUCUUAUACCAGGAUGCCAGCUAGGCUUCAUAUCACGAAACGUCAACAGGAAGUUGCUAACACUCCAUUGGCUGCUAGACCAUCUAACUCUAUUUAUAGAACUGUUUCAUCUCCAGCUGUCUAUGGCCAAGUACCGUCUGAAACAUCGGCAAAAUAUGAAUCUAUCGGCACCCAGACGGUUUCUGGUCGUUAUAGAAAAAUGCCUCCGAAAAUGCACUUGACUGUGCUUGAGCCUGAAGUCCCUAGAGUUGUAUACCGUCCAAGACCCGUCAGAAGUAGAUCUUCCACCAUAAUCUCUAUCUACAGCAUCCCAAUCGAUGACGAGCCAACGCAUCUCUCCGAAUUGCACGCCGAGAAACGAAUGAUUGUUGGAAUCGAUGAAAUCGAGAAGCCAGAGAACGUCACCUACGUCACUGUGGCCACGUCGUCGAUUCAGAAUCCCGAUGAAGCACUCUAUCGGUAUCCAGAAGUCGGAAGACAUCCAGUUUACGUUCUCCCUGCUCAAACGUGUUAUGAGAGAGUACCACUGGGGACGAGGAACGAAAAAACUCAAUACACCAGAAAAUCAUCUGAUGGUUCUGGGAAAAUUCUGACACCGUCUCAGAAGAAGUGCAAUGUGGAGCAUUGUACACAUGUUGAGGUGAAUGACGAGGAGGCUCCAGUUGUCGCAAGAAGGAGAAUCAGCCAAAACACUGUUAAGGAUAAGGAGAACCACUUGUCAAUUUAUGUCGAUGAAAAAGAUAUGGAAGAUGUCGUCGAGGUCGCUGAUUCGUUCGGGAAUCGAUGCAAUAUAGAGACACUUCACUACGAUUCCUACAUGCCAACGCUUACUCUAAUACACCGCCCAGUUGUCAGUUUCUAUGACAAGCUUCAUUAA